UCUCAUGGCUCUUAUCUCUGCAAUGUUUUUCUUGAGCCAUGUUAUUCGUACUUCAUUGUGGGCGUGAGAAACCACUUUUUAUGGGUUGAAAUUUGGGGUGCAAAGGGUUACUUUUUGGGAAAUUUUGAUGGCAAUUCACGGGUUUUUGCUUGAGGUUAUGAGAAUGCAAUGGAGCUUGAGAUGAUUAGUAGUUUUUCGAAGGAAGGGUUGCUUAUAAUUUUUUGCAUAAUAAACAUGCUAAACUAUGUUGAUCGAGGAGCCAUAGCAAGCAAUGGUGUGAAUGGGAGCAGAGUAACAUGCACUGAAAGUGGCAUAUGCACUGGUGGGAGUGGAAUUCAGGGUGACUUUAAAUUAAGCUAUUUUGAAGAUGGAGUACUAUCUUCUGCUUUUAUGGUUGGGCUUCUAGUGGCUUCUCCGAUCUUCGCAUCUUUAGCUAAAACGCUUAAUCCAUUCAGGCUGAUUGGGGUUGGCUUGUCCGUUUGGACUGUGGCUACUGCUGGUUGUGGUUUUUCAUUCAAUUUUUGGUCUAUUGCAAUUUUUCGUAUGUUGGUUGGUGUUGGUGAGGCAUCCUUCAUAAGUCUUGCCGCUCCAUUCAUUGAUGACAAUGCUCCUGCAGCUCAGAAAACGGCAUGGCUUUCAGUCUUUUACAUGUGUAUACCAACUGGAAUUGCGCUUGGCUAUGUGUAUGGGGGUUUGGUUGGAGAUCAUUUUAGUUGGCGUGUAGCAUUUUGGGGAGAGGCACUUCUUAUGGUUCCUUUUGCUAUUCUUGGGUUCCUGAUAAAGCCUUUGAAAUUGAGAGGUUUUGCUUCUUCAAAAACAAGAAAGUCAGCAAUUAGGGUACAGAUUGAUGCUUCAGAAGUUAAAGACAACCAGGUUCUAGAGGGCGCAGAUAAUCUGCUGAAGGGAAGCGAGUUAAAUGAUGAUAUCUCGAAGAAACACUCCAUAUCUGAAGGAAAACCAAAGGUUAGGAAUCAAUUCUUAAGGUUUUGGGAUGAUAUGAAAGUGCUUCUGUGUGAUGUUGUUUAUAUCACAAAUGUUCUAGGCUAUAUAUCAUACAACUUUGUUAUUGGAGCUUAUUCUUAUUGGGGGCCGAAAGCUGGUUAUGAUAUCUACCAUAUGGCUAAUGCAGAUUUAAUGUUUGGAGCAAUUACAAUUAUUUGUGGAAUAUUUGGAACAUUAGCUGGUGGCUAUAUUCUUGAUCGAAUGCAAGCUACUAUCUCCAAUGCGUUCAAGCUUCUUUCUGGAGCAACUUUCUUGGGAGCUAUAUUUUGCUUCACUGCGUUCUUGUCAACGAAACUGUAUGGUUUUAUUGUGCUCUUCUCAAUUGGUGAACUGCUUAUUUUUGCUACACAGGGCCCUGUAAAUUAUGUAUGUCUCCACUGCGUAAAACCAAGCAUGCGGCCAAUAUCAAUGGCAAUGUCUACUGUUUCAAUUCAUAUAUUUGGUGAUGUGCCAUCCUCUCCACUUGUCGGCAUUCUUCAGGAUCAUGUGAACAACUGGCGAGAGACUGCUCUCAUACUGACAUCUAUUCUAUUCCUGGCGGCUGGCAUUUGGUGCAUAGGUAUUUUUGUGCCUAGUGUGGAUAGAUCAAAUGAAGUGGAAGAGGAUAAAGAAGGCAGCAUUGCAGUUGGGGUAUCUAACCGAACACCCUUGCUUGAUGGAUCACAAGCACGAGUGUAAACAUGAUGGUUUCAAUUCUUGUUCUUGUUGAUCGAGUGAUGAAUCCUUAUUCUUCUCUAUGGAAGCGCCUGUUACGGACAUUGGGAAGAAUUGGCAUUUUAUUGUGGAAUGUCUCAUUGAAGCUCAUAUGCCAGUCUGUAAAUAUAGUUGUUCACGGUGCUCUUAAUCUUACUGUUAAAAUAAGUAGUGUUUUGCAUCAGUUUUUAUUUCCAUUAUGUUAUGAAGCUACAUUUCAACUAACAAAUUUGUGAAUAAGUUGUAUUUCCUUUAUUUUUUCUGAUAUAGCUAAGUGCUUUAGGCAUGCUUGAUACUAUGUUCUUCUUGA